AUGACGCUUCACAGACCGGGAGACUAUACCGAGCCCUCAUCUGGAACUGCCGCCAGCCCCUAUAUCUCUGGACGCACACUCAUCGCCUGUCAAAACUGCGCAAGCGCAAAGACUGGCUGCGACAAGAAGAUCCCUUGCUCGAGAUGUAUCGAUAAGAACCUACAAUGCACCGCCAGAUAUGCCCGGCGAGCAUCCAAGGCUGCGAUCCGGGCAGCACAAGCGACAUCCUCGUCGACAAAGAGUCAGUUAGCCGGCUUCUGCUUUGGGUCACAGCCAUUUCAAAAGACUUCCUUUUCCUUUGAUGUAGGCCACUAUCCUGAAAACACUGCUCAAGAUUCCUCACAGCGCAUACGUGGAGAUGCAGAUCAACAGGAUGAUAGUCUCUGGGAUAUCCUCAACCCCCUUUCGCCAUUAUCUGGCUACUCUGUCGCUGCUCCAUCAUUGGGUGGCAGCCCAUCUUAUUCAGAUAACCGGAAUGCCUUUGAGAACAAGCAAAACUCGCCCAUUCCUAUCUUUUCCGAGUUUUCUACCAACCUUGACCUCCUCAACAACGACAUCUCGAUGAGGAUACCGAAAGGCCAUCGAUACUAUCCAAACACCCUACUCAACGACCACAAUAGCUCGAAUCCUCUAUUCGAAGUAUCAUACUUACCGAAAAUAAAAGAUUAUGCUAGUCUGGUCCAUUCGCCAGAUGCCCGUGAAGACACUUCUAGCUUCUUACGGAGCGGUCAAAAAUCCGGGCUCGACAUCUGCAGCGCUCCCAACCUACCGCAUUCAGAAGAAGUUCCAAAUUUAUCCUGUGCAAAGAAUUGGAUAAAGAAGCUUAGACAGAAGGGACUAUUUGAUAGCCACUUUGCGGUGGGCGAAUCGAUGCAGUUGCAUCAACAACCAAAGGCGAAGAGCCGAUACUCAGCUCGCGAUAGAUUAUUAUAUCACUGGGUCAAAUUGGAUCACGAGCUGAGCCUCUUUCACGAUACUGAGCAGACCAUUUCCGCAUGCGACUUGGAACAGCCUCUCCCCGAUCCCAAGCUUCCAUGGGACACGAAAAACCUCUCGCAAACUAGCGAUUUAUAUCUUCUAGACGGUCUAUAUGCCGACAUUAAAACAGAAGAAGCACUCGACUUUGAGUUUCGUCCUACCUUGAAUCAAUUAUUUAAAGACUUCCUUCAAGGGACCCUGUCAAAAAUAGUACCACCACGGCAUCUCCAGCUUCUUCUUCACCCACUGCAAGCUUUGGUUCACCACUCGCAGAGUCUACUUUCUUGGGCAAAGCAUAGCUAUUCUCCAAUCUUAUCCGACGCAGCAAAUUCCACUCUACUAGAAACGCAGAGACUCCUCCAAGAGUGGCACAAUCUAGCAAUGGAAUCCCACAACGAAAAUCUCCACACUCAAGAUACUACGCCAGCCUUGAUCUUGUAUCAUUUCACAUGUCUCAACCUCGUAGCCAACUUCGCCGACAUCGAGCGGCUCGCCAACCGAGAGAGUCUCAGCAUCAGCUUCUGGCAGCAGUCUCUCCAAAACGAAAGAAGCAUCUUCAACCGCCAAGACGCCAUUUUCCACUGCGGCCAAGCGCUCCGAUAUUUACGCGCCAUCAACGACGAUACGCGACCUUGGUGGUGGUCGACAGCCGUAUAUAGAGCAAUCUUGACGUUAUGGGCGGCUGCUACACUUGGAUCCAGCCCAAGCCACGGUAAACUAGCACCGUUCUCGCCAAAAGAUCCCUGGCCGCGAGAUUCCAUGGACGUGGACCCGAGAAUGAACAUAUCUGCUACCCCUGAGCCCUCCAUCAUCGCUAUUGACAACAUUACCCCUGAAGACCCUGUCCUCAACGAUGCAAAUUGGAGUGAGCGGCACAUGCUUGUUCUCACCCGUCAAGCCGAAGGGGUAGUGGUCUUGAAUGAUUUGAUGGGUAUUCUUCAAUAUGGCAUUUCGCUCAUCAAUGUGUCUCCAAGCUCAGCUGAGGGGGAGGCGGUGGUUACGAAACUUAUGGAUCUGGGACAAGCUUGGGAUGGAAACAAGAGCAGUCAGAUGUACUACCAAGAUUGA